AUGAAUUGGGAGGAUUAUGCUAAGGCCAUCGCGAGUAGGUUUGGCCCUGCCUUUGAUGAUCCAAUGUCAGAAUUAAUGUCGCUCAAACAAUUAGGAUUUGUUGUUGAAUAUAUGGAGCAGUUUGAGAACAUCUUGACCAGAGUGGAAUUGACUGAAGAAUAUAAAGUCAAUUGCUUCAUUACCGAGUUAGAAUAUGAAACACAGAUGCAUGUGAAGAACCUGUACCCUUCUUUACUGAAAAAUAUUAUUGAGAAGUUGGUGAAUGAAAUGUUGGAGAAAGGUAUUAUACAACCUAGUGUAAGUCCUUAUGCUUCUCCUAUUGUUCUAGUGGGAAAGAAAGAUGAUUCAUGGUGCCUUUGUAUAGAUUACAGAGAAUUAAACAAUAGAAAUGUGAAGGAUAAGUUCCCUAUCCCUCUUUUGGAUGAUCUCUUGGAUGAGCUAUCUGGUGCUAGUGUAUUUACUAAAUUGGAUUUAAGAUCUGGUUACCACCAACUUCGAAUGCAUAAGGAGGAUGUAUUCAAAACAGAUUUUAAGACACAUGAAGGGCAUUAUGAAUUUUUGGCAAUGCCCUUUGGUCUCACAAAUGCUCUAUUUUCAUUUCAGAAUUUGAUGAAUCAUGUCUUUAAGCAACAUCUUAAAAGAUUUGUCUUAGUCAUUUUUUAUGAUAUUCUGGUGUAUAGUAUAGAUUUGCUGACUCAUCUACAUCAUUUGGAACUUGUUUUUGAGUAUCUGCCAUUGCAUUCUUUGUAUGUUAAGAGAAGCAAAUGUUCCUUUGUUGCUUCUAGAGUGGAGUACUUGGGGCACUUUAUUUCUUCCCAGGGGGUUGCUACUGACCCUACUAAAAUUUCAGCAGCCAAGAAUUGGCCUCCACCUACUAACUUGAAACAGCUAAGGAGAUUCUUGGGAUUAUCAAGAUAUUAUAGGAAAAAAAUCAAUUCUCAUGGAAUGAAACAGGCCCAAGUGGCUUUUGAUCAAUUGAAGGAAGCUCUUUGCUCUGCCCUAGUCCUAGCUCUUCCUGAUUUUUCCAAGACUUUUGUCAUUGAGAAUGAUGCUUCAGGUGUGGGUAUUGGUGCAGUUCUUAUGCAGGAUAAUCAUCCUAUUUCUUAUAUAAGUCGCACCCUCAGUCCUUUGCAUCAAGCAAAAUCAUACAAAAAGGGGCAGGAAAAUAAGAUAGCAGAUGCUCUUUCAAGGCUGCAAUAUUCUGAACUUCUGUUAUUGGCUUUGAGUGCACUAGAUGCAGAUUUGUAUCAACAGUUGCAAAAAGGGAAAUUGGUUGUGGGUUCUUCUGCUGCUCUUAAGCAGUCUAUUCUUAACUGGAUGCAUGAUUCACCAUUUGGAGGCCAUUCUAGUCAUGCAACAACUUUGCAGAGGAUUAAGUCACUGUUUUAUUGGAAGGGAAUGUCUAAAGAUCGUCACCAAUACAUCUGGUCCUGUAGUACAUGUCAAACUUGCAAAUAUGAUUCCUCUGCUUAUCCUGGUCUACUGCAGUCCUUACCUAUCCCUGAUAAAGUUUGGUCUGCAAUAUCAAUGGACUUUAUUGAGGGGUUGCCUACUUCUUUUGGGAAGGAUGUUAUUUUUGUGGUAGUUGAUCGCUUAAGCAAAGUUGCCCACUUUAUGGCUUUACGACAUCCAUAUACAACCCUGCAAGUGGCUCAACUUUAUCUUAAUGAGGUCUUUAAGCUCCAUGGGUUGUCGGAUACAUUAUCUCUGAUAGGGAUCAUGUGUUCCUCUCUGAAUUUUGGACUGAGUUGUUUAAAUUGCAAGCCUACUUCAUGGAGUAAACGGCUUCCUCUUGCUGAGUGGUGGUAUAAUACCACCUUCCAUACCUCUGCUAGUACGACUCCAUAUGAGAUCUUAUACGGGCAGCCCCCUCCUCUUCAUCUGCCUUAUUUGCCAGGGGAGUCUAAAAAUAUUGAGGUUGAUCGCAGUCUCCACCAGCGAGAGAACAUGAUGAAAUCUCUUAAAUUUCAUCUGCAGAGAGCUCAAAAUAGRAUGGCGCAGUUGGCAAACCGACGCCGGAGUGAAAGGUGCUUCAAUAUUGGGGAUAUGGUAUUCCUUAAAUUGCAACCAUAUCGCCAAAGCACCAUUGUUGAUCUCUCAAAUCAUAAACUCAGUCCCAAGUAUUAUGGCCCCUAUAAAAUCCUUGACAAGAUAGGUGUUGUUGGCUACAAGCUCGAGUUGCCUGCUGGAGCUCAGAUUCAUAAUGUGUUUCAUGUAUCCCAGUUGAAGAAGAAUUAUUCAAAUGUUGCUGCUUCUGAUUUGCCUCUUUUCAUGGUCCCUUCCGAUGCCCCAAAAGUCCCUGAAGCUAUUCUUGAUCGUCAUAUGGUCAAGCGAGGGAAGGUGGCUGCUACAAAGGUCUUGGUCAAAUGGCAGAAUUACCCUCCUGAAGCUGCCACUUGGGAGUUCUAUUAUGAUCUCUGCAAGAAGUAUACUGGGUUUGACCUUUGA